AUGCAUCGCCCGUCACAAAUUCCACUCCGCAAAUUGUUCUCCAGACACCCUUUUAACCAAUCUCCAAAACCCAUUUCCCCAUUGUCCCUAGCACCCGAUUCAACCCGACCCCCAAUCACAACAAACUCCCCGAAACCCACCAUUCCCAACGCACUAAUCUCCACCUUCCGCCACUUUGUCCAACCAAAUCGCCGAAAUGUUUCGACUCCGAGGAGAUACGGUGGCGGGCCCGGCGAGUUCGACGUGAACAAAGAGGUGGACACGAUCAACCUCAAGUUCGCGGAAGCGAGGGAGGAGAUAGAGAUGGCUUUGGAGUCCAAAGAUUCUGUGUAUUUUAAUGAAGAGGCCGACUGUGCUAGAGCGGCUGUUAAGGAAGUGCUUGACAUGUUUGAUGGGCUUCUGGGGAAGCUUCCGGAGAGCGAGAAAGCGGCUUUGCAGAGGUCCAUGGGGCUCAAGAUUGAGCAGUUGAAGGCUGAGCUUCAACAGCUUGAUGAUUGA